AUGGCUGCAGGAAACUGGACACGAGUAGAUGAGUUUAUCCUCAUGAGCUUCUCUUCCCUACCCAAGGAAAUGCAGCUGCUGCUCUUCCUGGCAUUUCUGGCCAUCUACCUGGUCACCCUGUUGGGAAACAGCCUCAUCAUCGUGGUCACCUUGGCUGAUCCCAUGCUUCACAGUCCCAUGUACUUCUUCCUCAGGAACCUGUCCUACAUGGAGAUUGGCUUCAACCUCGUCAUUGUGCCCAAGAUGCUGAGCACCCUGCUUACCCCAGACACAACCAUCUCCUUCCUGGGCUGUGCCGCUCAGAUGUACUUCUUCUUCUUCUUUGGAGUGGCUGAAUGCUUCCUCCUGGCCACCAUGGCCUAUGACCGCUAUGUGGCCAUCUGCAGUCCCUUGCAUUAUCCCGUCAUCAUGAACCACAGGACUCGUGCCAAGCUGGCUGUGGCCUCCUGGUUCCCAGGGUUUCCAGUGGCUACCGUGCAGACCACGUGGCUCUUCAGCUUCCCAUUCUGUGCCACCAACAGGGUGAACCACUUCUUCUGCGACAGCCCGCCUGUGCUGAGGCUGGUGUGCGCAGACACGGCGCGGUUUGAGGUCUAUGCCAUCGUGGGAACCAUUCUGGUGGUCAUGCUGCCCUGCCUGCUGAUCGUGUGCUCCUACGCUCGCAUCGCCACUGCUAUCCUCCAGAUUCCUUCGGCCAAAGGGAAGCACAAGGCCUUCUCCACCUGCUCCUCCCACCUCCUAGUUGUCUCCCUUUUCUAUGUAUCUUUAAGCCUCACAUACUUUCGACCUAAAUCAAACAAUUCUCCUGAAAGCAAAAAGCUGUUAUCCUUGUCCUACACUGUUGUGACUCCCUUGUUGAACCCCAUCAUCUACAGUCUGAGGAAUAAUGAGGUGAAAAAUGCCCUGGGUCGGACUUUCCACAAGGCCCUCACUCUCCGAAACUGUAUUGUUUUUGGCAUCAUUAGGUAA